CUCUCUCUUUCUCUUCUUUCUUUUCUUUAACCACUUUACAGCACACUACAGAUAGCUUAUUUAUCAGCCAAAUGGUGUUGAUACGAUGCGCUAUAGAAGAGGAACGUGUUAUAGAAAGAUUAUCAUACCAGCCAGUGAAUGGAAAAGCAUUUUCUAGAAACUCAACAGCAAAAGCAGUAGAAGAAUACUACAAGUUUCUUCACACCAGUGCUCCUACCUUGGCAAACGAAGGAGAUUAUCUGUAUAAAGAGUAUGGACUCGCCGUGUCCCAACUGUUGAAAAGCACCAGCGUUCUCAAAUAUUUUGGAAGCGAAGGCGACAAUACCAUCAAGUUUCUUGCCAACACAUUCCCAAAAUCCAGCGGACCAUUACUCUUGCUCAUCAACGUCGUUUUGCUCGGAAUGCUGUCUGCGUUUUUUAUAUUGUUUGCCACGGCAGUCGAUCACUUGGAAAAUGAAAACGCCAACAACGAAACCCAGCAAGCAGAAAUUAUUUGGAAUACGACUGCGACAGCUUCUGGAAUAUGUUUAUGGGUCCUCGGUGGCCUCUUGCUCUGUUCAGCUGUCUGGCUCAGCACUAAACGUGACGCCAGCUGGGAUCGCAUUGUUGGACGACUAGCACUCGCUCGAUUCGCACUCGUCAUUCUAUUUUUCCUGUUUCUCAGCCUGCGCGUGUUAGGGAUCAUCGAGUGGGGCGUUGGCCUCGUCUGCAUUCCGUAUUUUUUCGCAGACAUGGGCUUUGCUAUUCUAUACACUAUCAAAGACAGACGUCUAGAGUACUAUAAUCCACAAUAUAAGGAGCAUGUCUAUAGACCAGUGGUGAACAAACUGUUUCUAUACUAUCGUGUCAUCGUUUCGGAAUUUGGUGGACCCAACAUCCUCUCACGGAUCCUGUCCCCCUUUCUGCGUACCGUCUUUGUCUCCCUGGUAGCUGCCAAACUGGACGGCACGCUUAGACCUGAUGACUCGCCAUGGCGUCUGGUCUUUGUCGUCGUGUUUAUGUAUGGGUUCUUUCGUUCAUGGACGACUUCAGGAUUUAUAUAUGACAUGAGCAUACGAGCAAUUGAUAUAGCGGGUCUCGUUUGGUUUCUGUUGUUCUACGCAUUUACCAUUUCGUUAGCAAUGCGGCUCGAAGGUUACAAUAUUCCAAUGAUGUAUAUCUUCAUACCUUUUUACAUAUCUCUGGUAAGAUAUCAAAGCUUUCUAUUUGAUGUUUGCAGUCAAAGAACGAAAAGGCUGGUCAAAUUAAAAGAAAUCACUCAUUCCAAUAUAAACUUGUACGAUAGGCCUAUUACUGUUUAGCUACACUUUUUUGCAUUCCAUUUGUAUGUUCAGUUCUCAUAAACAAAAAGAUAAAGUAGAAAAACCAUGCAGCUCUGCAUUUCUUAUGAUACGACGUAUUAUCAUUGAAUGUUUUUGCGCGUAGCUUAAAAUCAACCGGCAGGUCCGGUUUAAACUGAUUGAGUAGACCCGUGGAGUGGGU